AGAUUUGUUCGAGAAGUUUGUUAUGAUUUCGGCACUUACUUGUUACUUUUCUUCCUCAAAAUGAACGGUUCCUUCGAAGAGGAUGCAGACUUAAGAGAUCUAGUCGCACAUGCGUUAGAAAGCAAAGGAAUCCUUGGUAAAAUUAAGGCAGAGCUUAGAGCCAAUGUGUUUAUGGUGUUAGAUGAGCUUGAUAAAAAUGAUAUGAAUCGUCCACAGUAUUUCAAUGAAAAACUGAAGAAUUUUAUGACUACAAAGGAAGGCAAGUUAAUAACUGGUCUGGUGCGGGAAUUCUUGGAAUUUUUCAAUUUGGACUACACACUUGCUGUAUUUGAUCCAGAGUCAAAUUUUGGGAACCAGUAUAAAGGAAGAGACAGUUUAGUUGAGGAACUUGAUUUCCAAGAAACUGUUAAUGAAUCAAAGCCAAUUAUAUCCUUCUUGUUAGAGGAUAGAGCAAAUGUUGCAAUGGCAAAGCCUAAUUUGACAUCUGUUGCUGAGGAUGUAGCCAAAAAUAGUCAUAUAAACAGUCCAGAUAUGUCACCAAGAUCAGUUUCAUCAAGUGGAAAAAACAACAGUUCAAGAGUAAGUCGUAUACCACAGAGAGUAAAGGAUAUAAAGAAAAUGACAGAGACUUUAAACACAAAGAGCUCAAAAGAUGCAAGCGAGAGGUCUCACGGAGAGGAUAGGAAGUCCAUUGGGAACAAAACUGGAAUCUCAGAUUUAAGUGUGAGCUUAAAUGACGACGACAUUCUUGCAGAGUUCACAAAUUCACAGCCACAAAAAUCAUCAAAAGAUUUACAUCAAAAUGAAAGAAAGCAAGGAGUUUUCUUCGAUGAAGAUUUAAAUGCUGCUGCAUCAUUUGAAGAAUCCUGGCUCCACGACGGCAAAACUAGCUUACCUAAACUGAAGAAACAAUCGUUGACUUCAGGCUUACAUGAUGUACGGGACAUGUCAAGUAAUUCCGCUGAUCUUAAAGAACUUGAAGAUAUUGAUCGUAAGAUCCACGAACUUGGGUUCGGUUUACCUGCCAAGGAUAAAUCCAGCGACCAAGGUGAAGGUGAAAAUAACGACAGUUACGCUGAAGACUUUCACACAAGCACACAUAGUAAUGAAGAUAACUCGAGCAUUCCAGAGGAAAUCGAUCAAGAAAUUCAAUCAUUGGAAAGCUUUAAAAGUGAUAGAAGCAAGAUGGAUGAACCGCAUACAUCAGAUCGAACUAUUUCUCCAGUGUCAGACGACUUUAAAGAUUUUGAUUAUGGUGAAGCUGUUCAUUUUUAAAAUGAAAACAACGGUACAUUAAGUGUCUUGUAUGUACACCAUUGUACAAAAUGGUGCGCUUUGGUAUGUUGUAAAUAUAUAUCGUUGGACACACUGGUACAUUUGGAGUCUUUAGUGUAUCUCGUUUGAAACAAAGUUGAGUUUUGUAUCUUGUAUGAACAUUGCUGGAUACCAUCUUGCACUUGUAAACAGUGUAUACAUCGUUGUAUACAAUACGCACUUGGUAUCUUGUAUAUACAUCGUUGGACACAAUGUUUCCCUGGGUAUCUUGUAUAUACAUCGUUGGACAAUGUUUCCCAGGGUAUCUUGUAUAUACAUCGUUGGACACAAUGUUUCCCAGGGUAUCUUGUAUAUACAUCGUUGGACACAAUGUUUCCCAGGGUAUCUUGUAUAUACAUCGUUGGACACAAUGUUUCCCGGGUAUCUUGUAUAUACAUCAUUGGACACAAUGUUUCCCAGGGUAUCUUGUAUAUACAUCGUUGGACACAAUGUUUCCCAGUGUAUCUUGUAUAUACAUCGUUGGACACAAUGUUUCCCAGUGUAUCUUGUAUAUACAUCGUUGGACACAAUGUUUCCCAGUGUAUCUUGUAUAUACAUCGUUGGACACAAUGUUUCCCAGGGUAUCUUGUAUAUACAUCGUUGGACACAAUGUUUCCCAGGGUAUCUUGUGUAUACAUCGUUGGACACAAUGUUUCCCAGUGUAUCUUGUUUAUAUAUCGUUGGACACAAUGUUUCCCAGUGUAUCUUGUAUAUAUAUCGUUGGACACAAUGUUUCCCAGUGUAUCUUGUAUAUACAUCGUUGGACACAAUGUUUCCCAGUGUAUCUUGUAUAUAUAUCGUUGGACACAAUGUUUCCCAGGGUAUCUUGUAUAUACAUCGUUGGACACAAUGUUUCCCAGUGUAUCUUGUAUAUAUAUCGUUGGACACAAUGUUUCCCGGGGUAUCUUGUGUAUACAUCGUUGGACACAAUGUUUCCCAGUGUAUCUUGUGUAUACAUCGUUGGACACAAUGUUUCCCAGGGUAUCUUGUAUAUACAUCGAUGGAUAUACAGUAUACAUCAGUGGUACAAUUGAUAUCAUGUAUAUAAAUAGUUAGAUAUUGAAAUACACAAGGAAGAAUGAA